AUGACCUCCAUCUUUUCAGACCUGAUAGAGGAGAUGGUAGAAGUCUUCAUGGACGAUUUCUCAGUCUAUGGAGCAUCCUUCUCCUUAUGUGAGAAAGUGAUGACUCUUCAAAUGAAGAAGGAGAGGAGGUUGAUCAAGAAAUUGAGGGAAGUGAGCAUGAGAGCAAUGAGAAUGUACCAAUGGAGGAGGCUAAGUCAGAAGAAGAGGAGGAUGAGCUCCUAA